AUGGUCGCCGACACCCUCAUCUACCACCCGGCAGUCUCGCACUACCUCAAGUUCGUCGCCACCACCGUCGGCCGCGACAAGCUCUUGCGCACGCUGCAGUACUUUGCGCGCUUCUACGCGUGGUACCUGCUGCGGACCAACAAGACGCAGGCCUCGAUCCAGCCAUGGGAAACGAUGAAGAAGCAGUUCGGCCUGAUCCGCAAGGUGCUGCGCGCGGGCAAGAACGUCGAGCACUUCAAGGCCGCCGCCGUCGCCGCCGACGCCUCCAAGACCGCCGACCCCGUGCUGCGCUACACGGCCGUCGGCCGCCAGCUCGGCUACGCCGGCUACCUGACUAUGGACCUGGGUACCGUGCUCGACGCGACGGGAAUCCGCAAGAGCCCCCGCGCCAAGCGCCUGCAGCAGGAGGCCUACCGCUUCUGGGCGUUUGGCAUCGCGUGUAGCGUGAUCGCCCAGAUGUAUACCCUACGCCAGCUGCGUUUGCGAGAGGCGACGGUGGAUCGGAAGGAGGGUGAGGGCGUGUUGGAGGGGAAGAGGAUUGCCAUGGAACGCGCGGCUAGCCGGCUGCAGCUCACUUCGGACCUGUGUGAUCUGACGGUGCCUUUGUCGGCCCUCAGCUGGGUUCACUUCGAUGACGGCAUUGUUGGUCUUGCGGGUACGCUGAGCUCUCUGAUCGGCGUGUACCUGCAGUGGAAGAAGACGGCCUGA